AAUUUCACAAAAAACAUGUCGAUUUUAUUUAAAAAAUUCAUUCAAUUUCCAACAAUUUGUACAAAUUUUAAUCAUCCAACAUAUCUUCUCUAUAUUGGAUCCAGAAAACUUUCACUGUCAUCAGCAUUAUGUAAAGAAAUUGAUCAAAAUUCACAAAUGUCCUUGCAUGUUGCUGUGAUAGGAGUACCAAAUGCUGGAAAGAGUACCUUUAUAAAUAAUUUAAUUCAUCAUAGAGUUUGUCCAACAUCCACAAAAGUUCACACAACUCGCAAAUCCAACAAAGCCAUUUUCACAACAGGCAAUACCCAGUUAGUAUUCUACGAUACUCCUGGCUUAGUGACUCAAAAGGAAAUCAAUAAACACAAUUUAGAUCAAAGUUUCAAAAGUGCCUAUCGAGAUGCUGUCCAACGAGCUGAUAUAAUUGGUGUCGUUCAUGAUAUCUCCAAUUCAUGGACCCGAAAUGAACUUCAUCCAACUGUUCUUGAUACUUUGAAAGCAUUUCCAUCUUAUCCAAGUUUUUUGAUACUAAAUAAAAUCGAUGCAUUGAAAUCGAAGAGAGUUCUUCUUGAUUUGGUGAAGAAAUUGACAAAUGACACUUUGUCUGGGAAGAAGAAAUCACCCAAGAAAGAUGAUAAGAACAGAGAAUUCGUUGCACCGGUGACAGAUUUGAAAACGAAACAAGCUGGGUGGAGUAAUUUUUCUGAUGUCUUUAUGGUGUCAUCGAUAAUUGGCGAUGGCUUGAAUGAAAUCCUUAGCUAUCUUGCGCGCAAUGCAAAACCCAGUCCAUGGAAAUACUCAAGUGAUGUUUUCACAGAUCAACCGCCAGUCGAUCUUAUUGUAGAAAGUGUACGAGCUAGGUUAUUGGAUUAUUUGCCACAAGAAAUUCCAUAUAAUCUUAAGAGUCAAAUGGAGUACUAUAGCGAAGAAAAAAAUACUAUUUAUGCAUCGGUUCAGGUGAUUUGUCCAACAGCGCGUAUUGAACGACUUAUAUGUGGCGAGGCUAAUGGUAAAUUGAAACAAAUUACAGAACGUGUUACAUCGGAUUUAGUUGAAACUUUUAAUAAACCAAUUUCACUUACAAUAUCGACGGUUACAGCGAAAGAAGCUACACAGCGACUAGCAUAGAGAAGAUAUUAAAAUAUUAAAGUGACCGUUAUUUAAUUAGAAAUAUACUCUUGAUUACUUGUUA